GAAUUCUCAUCUCUACAAGUUCUCUGCUGAAACCGCUGCCUCCUGUUCUGCAGGAACACAGUGUUCUGCAGGACCCGGGCUGUUUGCUCCUCCCUCCAAACCCUCCCAGCUCAGAUACAGGAACCAUGGCGCUGACGGCGGCAGGCAGCUCGAUCCGGACUUUACUCCUCAGGAACUCGGCGAACUUCACCAAAAACGCGGGUUUAAACCCUCGGAGUGUGAAAGGAUCGGCGCUCAGUCGAAGCGCAGUCACCUCCAGCUCGGGCGCCGUCCUGCCUAAUCCGGCUAAGACCUCGUUUGGCCUGACGCGGGUGACGGUGGUGGUGGUCCCGUUCCUGUACCUUGGCACCUGCAUUAGCAAGAAUUUUGCUGCUCUCCUGGAAGAGCAUGAAAUCUUCGUUCCUGAUGAUGACGACGAUGACUGAACACCACGUUUGAAGAACAAAUGAAGAGGUGCUCGUAUUGGAGAAGACAACGCUAAGGAGGGAUCUAUGCAAUAAUGUGUCAACCCCUUCACCUUCCGUUUACAGCUGAACAUCCAAAGUUCACUUUUACUUUUUUGCUUUUUAAUCUUAAAUGUGAGGCAACCCCUGCUCAGCCUCACUCAUGCUUGCAUGUACAGUUUUGUUUUGAUGAAAUAAAACGUCUUGACUGUU